AUGGCAAAGAAAAGAAAGGCCUCGGGCCGAAAUGACCAGGCCAGCGGGCCCAAGGAGCUCGACGCAACCGACGCGCGAUUGGGACCAAUUACUACUUUCGAAGAUGUCGCCGACUCCGAGGACGAAUUUUUCAUGGACCGCGAUCAAAUUCUACUCGAAGAUGAGCCUGGCUCGAAGCGUCGAAGAAAGGCCGAGGAAGACAUGGAAAUGUCCGACGAGGAGGUCCUUGGUUACGAGGAUGAGGACUCAGACGACGACGAACGACCGCAAAAAUCCAAGGGAUCCGCAUCCAAGGGUGCUCUAUCAGACGAAGAGCAAGAAGGAGAAGAAGCGGAAGGAGACUCUGGCUGGUGGGGCUCCUCCAAGAACGAGUACUACAAUGCCGACAACAUUGAGACCGAGACCGACGCUUUGGAGGAGGAGGUCGAGGCCAAGCGACUUCAGCAAAAGAAGCUGUCUAAGAUGGCGGAAGAAGAUUUCAUCUUCGACGGCGACGAAUGGCUCGCCGAUGGCACCGAAACAGGAGAGGGCGAGGAGACUGUCACCGAGGUUCUCAAGGAUAUUGAGGUCACCGAUGACAUGGGUCCCGAGGAGCGCUAUACACUGUUGCAGACGCGAUACCCGGAAUUCGAUCACCUCGUCAAGGAGUUUGAGACCUUGCAGCCUGUCCUAGUUGACGUCAAGAACGCCGCCCAGGGCAAGUCAGGGAAGUCACUGCAGGCAAUCAAGUACUGGGUGCUCGGCUGCUACGUCGCUGCCCUUGCUAGCUACUUCGCAAUCUUGACAUCCCCUGCGAGAGAUAGCUCCAAGGCGCAAAAGACUCUUGACCCGACUGAGCUUCGAGAUCACGACGUCAUGCAGACGCUCAUGAGUUGUCGAGAGGCGUGGCAGAAACUUAAGAACUCGAAGUCAGCAAAGGCUACCAACGAGGACCAGUCGUCAGAGCUUAAUGAGGAGGAACUUGCUCAACUUGCCUCAGCACAGGCGGCUGUGAAGCCCAGGAAGACCAAGAAGAUGUCGAAGCAAGAAAUGGCUGCUGCCCAGAAGCGAGCAAAGAACCUCGAGAGGGUCAAGGCGGGAGAGGCAGCUGUUGCAGAUCUCUAUGACCUACCUCUUGCUAGCAAAAAGUCUAAGAAGCAAAAGAAGACCUCGCGUGUGGAGAACAAUGAGGACAACUCUGACUUUGGCGAGGAGGAUGAGCUUGACGCUCGAACGGCAGCUGACAAGGCCACGCGUAAGAAGAGUCUCAAGUUCUACACCUCCCAGAUUGUGCAGAAAUCCAACCGCCGAGCCGAUGCCGGACGCGAUGCCGGAGGUGAUAUGGAUAUUCCUCAUCGCGAGCGUCUCAGGGAUCGUCAAGCCCGACUCAACGCACAGGCCGAGCGUCGUGGAAAGGAUAACAAGCUUGGCGUGGACCUCGGCGACAACAGCGACGAAGAGGAUGCUACCACGGCAAAGGCUGUCCGCGACGAAGAAAACGAGUACUACGACAUGGUGGCACACAAGUCAAAGAAGGGCAAGGACGAAAAGGCGGCCCGAUUCGCAGCGUACGCCGCCGCCAGCAAGGCGGACCGAGUGGUGGAGAACGAGGUGAUUGGCGACGACGGCAAGCGAAAGAUCACAUAUGCCAUCCAAAAGAACAAGGGCUUGACACCAAAGAGAGGCAAGGAUGUGCGCAACCCCAGAGUGAAGAAGAGAAAGCAGUACGAGGCCAAGCAGAAGAAGCUGAAGAGCAUGAAGCCCGUCUGGCAGGGUGGCGAGCCCAAGGGAGGAUACCAGGGAGAGCUUUCGGGUAUCAACACUGCUGUUAUCAAAAGCACAAGGCUAUAG